AUGCCUCUCAAUCCUAGAUUUGGUGCUGCGUUGUUGGUGAACGCCCUUUUUGCCACUUCAUCCAAUCCUUUGCCUCCGAGUACUCUCUUGCACCAAGUUGAUGCCCAGCCAGACCACAAUGGAACUAGCUUGCCUUCAAUUUAUAGUCAGCAGAACGCGGUAGAGGGGCAAGGAUUACACGCGCCGUCAGAUGAGGAUGCGUGCCCGGCGGCGCAAGGUGGCACGACACCGGGGUCCAGCAAGACGUUGCAAAGGAAAGACAGAGUGGGAGGCAUUAGCAAACGGCGACGGGUAACAGUCGAGGAGAUACCUGACAAAGGCGGCCCAGACAAAGCUGUAGAGAGCUUUCCCCCAUUCCUUCCCACUCUAUUGGCUGUGGCAGAAGAUGACACGGACGCGCACAGGUCCCGUGUAUCAAACCAAUCUAAUUACUGUUUGUCAGAUUGUCUAAAGAGUUUCAAUGGAGUAUACCUUGAACAGUUUCCCAAACCGUUGGUUGGAGCGCCAGUGUCAAACAAGCACGUACCUCCGCAAGAUUUGGAAUCAUACAUGAAAUCCUGUGGACCAAUGGCAAAACUUGAACAUUUUGAGGUCACGGAGUUAUUGAUGACGUCUGGAAUGACUAAUGCUGCAAAGGAUUGA